GCGGCAUGCACCCGCAGUAAAGGCGCCGAGUUUAAUUCCACCACCCCUCCCCUCACCAAACCUGCCAAGCCAUCUCUCUCCCCCUCCCUCUCUCUGCCCGUGUGUGUGCGCUUCUCGGGACUACGGCCUGGCCUCUGCUCCCGGAGUAAAUAGAACUGGUGAAGCACCGGCGCCGCAGGAGGAGGGAGUGCGGAGGCAGGAGGCAGGGAGACGUGGGAUGGAAGCGAGAGGAGCACGCUGAGCCGCAGAGAAGCUGCCGCCGAGGAAGAAGAAGAAGAAGAAGAGAGAGAGCACUGACAGCAAGCAGUUCGUCAAGUUCGUCUUCGCCAUGAAGUUCAUGAAGCUCGGCUCCAAGCCGGACGCCUUCCAGGCCGACGGCGGCGGCGGCGACUCCAGAUCAUCCUCCCGCAGAUACGUGCUGUCCGACCUGCCGUCAGACAUCGUCGUCCAUGUCGACGACGCCAGGUUCUACCUGCACAAGAACAAUGCAUGCGCCAACGUACAGCUACGAGCACACCGCAAGAUGCGGCUGCAUUCCAACGUCUUUCGGUCAAGCGCUGCCACUUGUAAUUUGGAUCCACGCUGCCCGCCGCUCAGAAUCUUUCCAUGGGUUCCUCUAGAUCGGCUCUCCAUUUCCACGAGUACAUGGUUGUUCCCUCUGCUGUCCAAGAGCAGCCUGCUGCAGCGGCUGAUCGUGGAGGCGAGCCAGGGCGGCGCCGACGAGGUGCGCGUCGGCGGCCUGCCCGGCGGCGCGAGGGCCUUCGAGAUCUGCGCCAAGUUCUGCUACGGCAUGGUCGUCACGCUCAACCCGUACAACGUGGUGGCCGCGCGGUGCGCCGCCGAGCACCUGGGCAUGACGGAGGACGUGGACAAGGGCAACCUCGUGUUCAAGAUCGAGGUGUUCCUCAACUCCGGCGUCUUCCGGAGCUGGAAGGACUCCAUCAUCGCGCUGCAGAGCACCGUCGCGCUGCUGCCGUGGUCCGAGGACCUCAGGCUCGUCGCAAGGUGCGUCGACUCCAUCGCCGCCAAGGCCACGGCCAGCCCCGGGAGCGUGGUCUGGUCCUACACGUACAACCGGAAGGCGGCGUCGUCUGACGAGAUCGUCGAGGCUCGCCGGUGCUCCUCGUCGUCGCCGGCCGUGCCCAGGGACUGGUGGGUGGAGGACCUGUGCGAGCUGGACGUGGAGCUCUACAAGCGCGUCAUGGUGGCCGUGAAGUCCAGGGCUGAUAGGGUGCCUUCUGAUGUCGUCGGGGAGGCUCUCAGGGCCUACGCCGCGAGGUGGUUCCCGGAGAGCUGCCGGCGCGGCGAUACCCCGGCAGACGAAGACGAUGCCUGCGCCAUGGAAGUGCUCGAGACCAUCGUCUGGCUGCUGCCGUCGGACGGCGAUGGGUCGUCGCCGUGCGGCUGCUCCUGCCAGUUCCUCCUGAACCUGCUGAAGCUCGCCGUCCUGGUCGGUGCAGGGGAGCUGCUGAGGGAGGAGCUCCUGGACAGGAUCGUGCUGCAGCUGCACGAGGCGUCGGUGAGCGAUCUCCUGAUACCCGCCAAGCCCCCGGCGCAGACCACCUACGACGUCGAGCUUGUCGAGGCGCUCGUCGGCCGGUACAUUCGGCGCGCCGGACUCGACGACAUUGACGGGGAGGACGUGUUUGAGACGAACGGGGAGGCAGACGACCCUUCCUUGCUGGCGCUGUGCAAACUCGUCGACGGGUACUUGGCAGAGGUCGCUGCCGACCCGAACCUGCCGGUGUCGAGCUUCGUCGGGCUGGCGACCUCCAUGCCCGAGUCGGCCAGGCCGUCGCACGACGCCCUGUACACCGCCAUUGAUGUCUUCCUCAAGAUGCACCCAAAUCUGUCGAAGGUGGAGAAGAGGAGGAUCUCGAGCCUGAUGGACGUGAAGAAGCUGUCCAAGGAGGCGAGCAUCCACGCGGCGCAGAACGACCGCCUCCCGCUGCGGGUGGUGGUGCAGGUGCUCUUCUUCGAGCAGAUGCGCGCGGCGGCGGGGAGCGCGAGCGCGUCGCUCCUGCUGGCCGCCGCCGGCGACGACAACGCGCACCUGGAACUGGAAGACGACGGCGACGGCGACUGCUGGAAGAACCGCGCGCUGGCGCUGGCGCUGCCGGAGCCCCCGGCCCCGUCGGCGGCCCUGAGGAAGCAGAUCGGGAGCAUGAGCCUGAAGCUGGUCGGCGAGGACCGCCGCCGCGCCGAGGACGCCGUCAGCGACGGCCGGCGCCUGGCGAGGAGCGCCAGCAUCGCGAACCAGAGCAGCAGGAUGUCGCUGUCGUCGCGGUCGCGGCGGAUCUUCGACCGGCUGUGGGUGGUCGGGAAGCCGCCGGGGCCCGGCGAGGUGGUGAGCAAGAGCUCCGACACGUCCGGGAGCUCGCAGAGCCCGCGGUCGUCGGCCAAGCCGCUGGGGUCCAACAAGUCGUCCGGCUCGUCGUCGAGGAACCGGCGGUACUCGGUGUCCUAGGCCGGCGACGGCCUGCCGGCGCUGCAGGAGGUUGGCUGUACAGAGGAGUGUCCACGGAGUCGGUCGCCGACGACGGACCAAAUGCUGCAUGCUAACUUCAAUUCAGGGUCUGUUUUGUUCAGGAGAAAUGUAUUGAUCCGAAGUGCUCGACCGAUGAUCAGCUAGAAGCUAAUCCUUAUUUUGUCUGAUCUUUGAAUAGAUCGGCUGGUCUUUCUUUUUG